AUGGAUUCGUCCACACUGUAUGAGUUACCAGAGCGUUCCCGCAUAUUCGCCCAAGCUCUUGAACUUAAACUUCCCCCCUGCGAUUUUUGGAUUCUCAGACGUUUGAUGUUCUGCACUCUAAUCAGACAGUCAUUACCUCGUCUUUGGGGGAUUUACUUGAAUCUGGUGCACCACCGCUUCGAAGACGAGACCACUGCAGCCAAGGCCAUUCUGAAAGAGGGUGCGGAAAAUUGGCUUAAAGAAGAAACCCCAAAAUCCGAAGAUAUCAAAUGGAUUGAGGAGACUAAGAGUCGAUGGACUCCCAUGAUAGGAGGGGAUUGGGUGCCAGCUAAUAAAACUUGGAUUGAAUGCGUCGCUGAAAUGGGCGAACUCACCGAAAUUCGUGACCAUGUGAAGCAGGAGAGACAGAAAGCCUACAUAACAUACGCUUUUCUUACAUUUAGCGCAGAUUUACCGGAUAUGAGUAAAGUCCGGUGGGGAGAGGCUAUUUGGAGGGAAUUUGGUUUGGAUCAAUACCAGGACCCGGCGCUCCUACAACAAGCUUACUAUCAUGCAUUGCAUGAAGGUUUCAAAGCCGCAGGUGUUGCUGGUACAUCGAUUCAGUUUGAGGUCUUCUGGAAGCACUAUCGCAACAACACUCUCUUCGAAUGGAUGAAGAGGAGCCAGCCGAUGAAUGCCGCGGUUUUUGAACACUGUGGCGCCCGCUUUGUCUCAAGAUUACCCGCAUCCUCGUCAGCUAUGGCUAAGCCAGCAAGUGGAAACCAAGUAAUGUCAGUAUCCCAGCUGCUGAAUCAGUGA